CCCGCCAAUGAGGGCUGGGCCUGUCACGUGGGCCUGACAGCUGGGGGGGGGUGGCCAGCGACAAUGUGGUCCCGAGGCCACUGACACCAGGAGCUGCGGCGCUGAGACCCCCGGCCCGCCCCCCCCUCGGGCCCCUCGGGCCACUUGGCCCGGCCACAACAUGUUCUCCAGGAAGAAGCGGGAGCUCAUGAAAACCCCUUCUAUCUCGAAAAAGAACCGGGCGGGAAGCCCCUGUCCGCAGCCCUCGGGGGAGCUGCCCAGGAGAGAUGGGGCUGAUGCAGUAUCCCUGGCACCCAGCCUGGAACCACCAAGUGUGGCCUUGAAUGCCAAGGCCACGGGCACACUCAAGAGGCCCACCAGCCUAAGCCGCCACGCCAGCGCUGCCGGCUUCCCACUGUCCGGAGCCAGCACCUGGACGCUGGGCCGUGGCCACCGCAGCCCACUGUCAACAGCCAGCCCAGCUGAGGGACCCAUCCAGGGACCCUGCCCCGACACUGUGGAGGACAUCUCCCACCUGCUGGCUGACGUGGCCCGCUUCGCCGAGGGCCUUGAGAAGCUGAAGGAGUGUGUUCUGCGUGAAGACCUCCUAGAGGCCCGCCGGCCGCUUGCCCAUGAGUGCCUGGGUGAGGCCCUCCGCGUGAUGCACCAGGUCAUCUCCAAGUACCCACUGCUGAACACCGUGGAGUCGCUCACAGCUGCCGGCACCCUCAUUGCCAAGGUCAAAGCCUUCCAUUAUGAGUGCAACAAUGAUUCAGACAAGCAGGAGUUUGAGAAGGCCUUGGAGACCAUCGCAGUCUCCUUCAGCAGCACUGUGUCCGAGUUCCUCAUGGGUGAAGUGGACAGCAGCAUCCUCCUCUCAGUGCCCCCUGGGGACCCGGGCCAGUCCAUGGAGAACCUGUAUGGACAGGGGAGCGAGGGUGCCCCGCCCAGCAGUGAGGACUGUGAUGAGGGUUGCCUCUCCCCGGAGGCGGUGGACACGCUGCUGCAGCGCUGUGAGGGGGGUGUGGACGCCGCGCUGCAGUACGCCAAGAACAUGGCCAAGUACAUGAAGGACCUCAUCGGCUACCUGGAGAAGCGGAGCGCGCUGGAGAUGGACUUUGCCAAAGGCCUGCAGAAGAUCGUCCAGAACUGCAGACAGAGUGUCAUGCAGGAGCCGCACAUGCCCCUCCUGUCCAUCUACUCGCUGGCCCUGGAGCAGGACCUGGAGUUCGGCCACGGCCUGGUGCAGGCGUUGGGCACGCUGCAGACCCAGACCUUCGUGCAGCCCCUGAACCUGCGGCGGCUCGAGCACGAGAAGCGCAGGAAGGAGAUCAAGGAGUCUUGGCACCGUGCCCAGAGGAAGCUGCAAGAGGCAGAGUCCAAUCUGCGCAAGGCCAAGCAGGGCUACGUUCAGCGCUGCGAAGACCACGACAAGGCCCGCUUCCUAGUGGCCAAGGCGGAGGAAGAGCAGGCGGGCGCUGGCCCAGGUGCAGGGGGCGCGGCCUCCAAGACCCUGGACAAGAGGCGGCGCCUGGAGGAGGAGGCCAAAAACAAGGCGGAGGAAGCCAUGGCCACGUACCGCACGUGCGUGGCGGACGCUAAGACGCAGAAGCAGGAGCUUGAGGACACCAAGGUGACGGCGCUCCGGCAGAUCCAGGAAGUCAUCCGGCAGAGCGACCAGACCAUCAAGUCGGCCACCAUCUCCUAUUACCAGAUGAUGCACAUGCAGACGGCCCCGCUGCCUGUGCACUUCCACAUGCUGUGCGAGAGCAGCAAGCUGUACGACCCGGGCCAGCAGUACGCCUCCCACGUGCGCCAGCUGCAGCGCGGCGAGGAGCCAGACGUGCACUACGACUUCGAGCCCCACGUCUCCGCCAACGCCUGGUCCCCGGUCUUGCGCGCCCGAAAGGGCAGCUUCAACGUCAGCGAUGCCGCGGUGGCGGAGGCCGCGGGCUGCCCCCCGGAGGAAGGUGGGCUCGGCGACGGGGAGCUUGCCAAGGAGCGCAGGGGUGGGCGCGGACACCAGGUGCACAAGUCAUGGCCGAUCGCCAUCUCAGACUCUGACGCCAGUCUGGACCCCAGCCCUGGCUCAGGUGAAGGGGCCUGGCCGGCGGUGGGGGGCUCACAGAGCUGCCGCCCCCGCCCCCAGGUUUCAGCGGGCUCAUCGUGCAGCCGGGGGCCCUCGGGGGAGUCUCUGACGACCCCUGUUUCCUGCUCAGGGGACUUUAAGAAGUUCGAGCGCAUGUCUUCCAGUGGCACCAUGUUGUCCAGCGAGGAGCUGGCUGACCAGGAGGGCAGCACAGGCGCAUCAGCCUUUGACCAGGAUGACCUCAAUGGCAUGGCCCCGGAGCUGCCUGUGGCCCUGCCCAGAGGGCCCUUCCGCCACGUGGGGCUGUCCAAGGCGGCCCGUACCCACCGGCUCCGGAAGCUCCGCACGCCGGCCAAGUGCCGGGAGUGCAACAGCUACGUGUACUUCCAGGGCGCCGAGUGUGAGGAGUGCUGCCUGGCCUGCCACAAGAAGUGCCUGGAGACCCUGGCCAUCCAGUGUGGCCACAAGAAGCUGCAGGGCCGCCUGCAGCUCUUUGGCCAGGACUUCAGCCAGGCCGCCCGCAGCACCCCGGACGGCGUGCCCUUCAUCGUCAAGAAAUGUGUCUUCGAGAUCGAGCAGCGGGCGCUGCGCACCAAGGGCAUCUAUCGGGUCAAUGGGGUGAAAACGCGCGUGGAGAAGCUGUGCCAGGCCUUUGAGAAUGGCAAGGAGCUGGUGGAGCUGUCGCAGGCCUCGCCCCACGACAUCAGCAACGUCCUCAAGCUCUACCUGCGCCAGCUGCCUGAGCCGCUCAUCUCCUUCCGCCUCUACCAUGAGCUUGUGGGGCUGGCCAAGGACAGUCUGAAGGCAGAGGCCGAGGCCAAGGCGGCAACCCGAGGCCGGCCAGAUGUCACCGAGAGAGAGGCUGUGGCCGUGGCCAUGGCGGGCCGGCUGCGGGAGCUCCUGCGGGACCUGCCGCCGGAGAACUGGGGCACGCUGCAGUACCUGAUGCGGCACCUGCGCAGGAUCGUGGAGGUGGAGCAGGACAACAAGAUGACGCCGGGGAACCUGGGCAUCGUGUUUGGGCCCACGCUGCUGCGGCCCCGGCCCACGGAGGCCACCGUGUCCCUCUCCUCCCUGGUGGACUACCCCCACCAGGCCUGCAUCUUGGAGACCCUCAUCACCCACUACAGCCUGGUCUUUGAGGAGGAGCCCGAGGUGGCAUCCACGUGCCAGGAUGUGACGUCCAACCAGGGGGCCGAGGUGGUGGUCCAGGAGCCGUACCCGGAGGUCAGCGGGGGCGCGGCCUUCCCCCUGCCGGAGGAGGCUGAGGAUGGGGGCCUCGAACCCCACGCUGCCUCCAAUGACUCCGACUCAGAACUGGAGGAGGCCUCGGACCUGCCGUCCCCGGCGGGUGGGGCGGCCCUGCACCGCCUCGGCUUCCUGGAGAAGCUGGGCAGCGAGGCGGGCGCGGAGGGCGGCCGGGACAGCCGCAGCGGCAGUGAGGAGCAGCUGGGCACUGCCACUGGGGAGGGGGAGGAUGGGCCCGGGCCUGGGGUCUGGGAGGACCUCGGGGAGGAGCCGGUCCAGCGGCUCGCCGAGCACAAUACCAACCAGUGCAACAACGUGGCUGCGGCCCGCCUGCCAGCCGUGAGGCUCCGCGGCGGGCGGCUGGCAGGGGGCGCAGGCUGGGAGAGGCGGCCAGAGUUCGUGUAGCUGGGGCAGCGGGCAGGUCUGCUCCAGGCUCCUGUCCCUGCGGACACGUCACCGAGAGGCCUCUCCUUCCGCCCACAGCGGCAAGGGCAUCACUGGCCAACUUUUCCAGAAGCUUCUGCCCGCGCUGCUCCGCACGCCCACCAGGCCCCACUCCGCUGAGCUGGGGGAUUC